AUGCCGGCUUCGAGAAGCAUGGAUGAGAAUCUAGGAUUCCAGUCUGGACCUUCCAGACCAGGGCUGAAUCCCCCAUCAGUUCAAUUUGAGAAUGGAUUUUGUGAAGCUAGCUCAGGACUCAUCCGAGGUGGAUUGGGUGCAUAUGGAAAGAGAAUUUGUGGGUCAAGUUCUCAGUAUGUGCAAAGCAAUAUAUGCAAGUACUUCUCAGAUCCUCAAUACUACUUCCAAGUGAACGCUCACUAUGUCAGGAACAAACUGAAGAUAAUUUUGUUUCCAUUUCUGCACAGAGGGCAUUGGACGAGGAGAACGGAGCCAGUUGGAGGCAGGCUUUCUUAUAACCCUCCAAUCACUGACAUACAUGCUCCAGAUUUAUACAUUCCAUUCAUGACAUUUGCAACAUACUUGGUUCUUGCUGGCAUCUCACUAGGCCUCUCUGGGAAAUUUAGCCCGGAAGCCAUAAAUUGGCAGUUUGUGAAGGGGAUGGUAGGCUGGCUGCUUCAAGUGAUGCUGCUCAAGGCAUCGUUGUCUUCACUCGGGGGCGGAGAGGCACCUUUGCUGGACAUGAUAGCAUAUUCCGGUUACACUUUCACAGGGCUGUGUGUGGCUGUUCUAGGGCAAAUCACAUUGAGCUAUGCAUACUACUUGAUAAUCAUAUGGACAUCCAUGUGCUCAGGCAUCUUCCUGUUAAAGACAAUCAAGAUAACUUUGUAUGCUGAGCUCCAUAGUUAUGAUGCAAACAUGCAUCACUAUCUCUUGCUUGGUAUCGCAUUUUCACAGUUCCCGUUGAUUAUCUGGCUCAGCAACCCUACCGGCAAUUGGCUUUCCUGA